AAUAACAAAAAUGGCGACUGGUCCAAAAAUUGCUACAACUCCUUUGGAGUUAUUUGAAGGAUAUAGAGAACCACCACUUUUAAGUAAAGUAUGGAAUCCACUAAUAUUAGGUACCAUGGGAUUUGUUAGUGUGAUCAUAGCUAAUUAUGGAACCAGGAAACCCCUUUUCAGCGGUAUCCAGAAACACAUUUUAGCUGCUGGUGUUUGCGGUGGCAUUGGGAAAAUAGUUGAUGAUUAUAGGAACAAAUACUUAGCAGACAGAGAUGCUGUAAUUCGUCACUAUAUAGAACUACACCCUGAAGAUUUUCCACCUUUUGAGAGAAAACAAUACAAAGACGUCUUUGAAGCUUGGAUUCCUAAUCGUUAAUAGUUUGAUAUAAGUUUAUGUAGUAUAUAUUGUGAAUUUAAAUAUAUUAUUU